AUGGUGGCUUUGGAUCAUCUUAGCAAGAGCUUGGAAAAAAAGGAAAGGGAGAAGUAUGGUCCCUUCGUUUCUAAGAUUCUCGGCCUGUUCGGUGAAGAUUCUACCACACGCGUUAAAAACAUAUCCUCUAUUGCUUUUGCUUAGUUCUUUCAUUCAACAUCUUUUCUUUGUGGAGUGUAGUGAUGUUUUCUUCUGCGGUUUAUCUCAUGGAAGCUUAUGGAAAUCAGCUAGCAAUUUAGUUUUCCAAUCUGUUGUUUUUAAUCUCAAACUUGGGGUUCU